CAAGUUCUCAGGAAGAGAUAGUCGCUGGAUUAGUUUGGGAGGUAUGGAAAGCAUGGCGGUUCAGCAGCAUUACUCUGUUGCGACAGAGUUGGAACCGGAUCCCGAGGAAGCGUGUGAAUAUGUGCAGGUUCAACUGGGCAGUGAAGUCGUAGCAGAGAAAUCCCUUCCUCAGGGAAUCCCACAUGAAGUUGUUAGCGGCAUGACGCAGGCCACAGAGGUGUACUAUUUGCAGGCCGACGGGAGUCUGGUGCAAGGAAGUGAGCUGCUCAAGGACGCUGGGCUGCACUGUUCUACAAACAUCAAUACAGGGAGCCCCACGUUAAAGGACGCGGCCCGCCAUCUUCAGGCUGCAGCCCAGCAUGUUGCUCUUGGGGAGCUAGACCUAAGCACUCUCCCACGGCAGGUCAAGUUGCUGAAAUCAAUUCAACUUGAAAUGGCAGAUGUUCAACAACCAAAGACUGCAGACCAAGCUGCCAACCAAGCUGCCAACCAGGAAACAGAGAUUCCUGUAAAUCUGCACAAGCAGAACUCAAAUUUGCUUGAUGGACGGAUUUUUCAGCUAAAGACACAGGCUGAGCAUGGAAAACCAAAGCAUGGGAUAGAUUCUGCUAUCAAAAUACUUGUUCAGCAGCCACACUUAUCAGAAAAACCUAAAGCUAAGGACGCUAAUAAGAAAACAAUAAAUCCUAUGAUGUUACUGAAUAGCCAGGAUUUUUCUCAGACAGUGGGUAAGAAAAAUGUGUCUUGCAACCCAGAAAAGCUAAAGAAAAAAAAUAAGAACAAAAAGACCUUAAAAGUAAAAACCCGCUCUGGCCGCAUUUCACGACCUCCUAUGCAUAAAGCAAAAGAUUACAAGUUUAUUAAAACCGGGACACUGGCACACAGCAGUCCUUCAGAUUCUGAUGAUUAUUCAGAACUCAGUGGAGAAGAUGAAGAUCGUAAAAUGGAGAAUGUAUCAAUUGCCCCCCAGAGUUUUACAGUAAAGCAUACACUGUUUCAGUGUGAAACAUGUGAAAAGUCUUACAUGGGAAAAGGAGGAUUAUUACGGCACUACAGACUUUAUCCUUCUCAUGGGCAGAUGCAGUCCUCAGAAAUAAAUGUUUCUACGCCAUCUGGGAAUGAAGUUGAAAAGAGGUCAUAUGACACUCAGAAAACAAAAGCUAGUCAUUUACCAAAGGGACCAUCAUGCCGAGGACGACAGCGAAGAGCAGGAAGAGGUGCAGCACGAUUUGGACGCCCCAAAAAAUCACUUAAUAGUCUAUCAUCAUAUUCUGAUAUACAGUUAAAAAAAGCUAAAAUGAAAGAGUUUCUCCAGCAAUAUGAAAAAGAAGAUAUAAAGGAGCUGGUUCUACCAUAUGUCACACAAUUUGUCAGUGUUUAUGAUUUUUUACUUUCAAAGGUUGAAGAUGAUCAUCCAGGCAAGUCCUCUUUCCCAUUCAUCUAUAAAGAAUUUGAGCAGUUGCACUCAAUGGUUGAACUUCUAGCUCAGGAGUAUCUUGCUAACAAACAUGAAUGUGCUGAAGGACCCCUUGAAAUUAAAAAUCACAAGGUGGCUGAAUCACUGGGCAUUAAAGGAGACAUAACUGGAAAAUAUCCUUCUAUUGAUUUGUCAACAUCUGAAAGUAAAAUGCAUUCCGAAACUAAACAAAAACACAAGACAGAGUCCUCAGAUGACGACAUGCUCCCCCCGUCGAAAGUUCCAAGAGUGGAAGAAGAUGUCAGUGAGCCCAUGGAUGAAAGUGGACUUGGUGAAAUGUUUUCCAGUGUAACUGAUGCAGGACAGGCAAAGGGUACGUGUUGCCACCCUGAUGGUACAGUCAUGCCUUGCACAGGAAAUGAAAAUGACAGAAUUUUAGGUAAUUCAUCGGAGGAAAUAUUUUGUACAACUACCCAAGCCAAAACUCAGGAUCUCGCCGGUGACUCUUACUGGACAAAACCGGUUUCGGCAGAUACUUCAGAGCCAAGCCAUAAAACUCAGGUAAACAGCCGUUUGCAGGAAAGCUCAAUUGAACAUGCCGUGGGCACACAUACUGAUGAUUUUGAAGAUCAUCUUUCAUCUAAGGACAAUGGAAACCGUCUGAUGGACUCUGAACUGUCUGAGUGCUUUCUCUCAACUGAAACACACAAAUCUAGUUUUGAUCAGGCCAUUUGUGAGCAGGAUAAUUCUGAGCUUUCAUUUCACAGCAGUGGGCAUGCUGACCCUGUCAACAAUCCAGUAGCUGCAGAUGCAAUAACAAGUGAAGAAACUGUUUGCUUAAAUGAGUCUGAAACGGUAAUAAUCGAGGCCUUCCAUGAUGAACCAACAGCUCAGCUUUUGCAGGCGAAUAUUAUAAAUGUCCAGGUAUCUUGCUUGGAUGGAAAAUCUGCUUCAGAAAAUGACUGUGCUGACCAGAGUGGUACAAGUUUAACAUGUGGUGCAGAUGGGAUUGUCUUGCCUGACCAGGCCAUUCUAUAUGAUACAGUAGAAGCUGACCUGUCUAACUGUGAAUAUCAGGCAGAGGGCAUCAUACUAACAAAUACAGGUACAACAGACAUGCAAAUUGAAACCACCGAUACAGUCUUACAGAUGGAGACAAACUGAUUUUUCCAUCUGAAGAUUUAUUUGAACAUUUACACUGAAAAUGUAUAAUUUAUUUGUAAAAUUGCCUAUAUCAGAGUUUUUUAUUUUUGUUUAUAAAAAGUUUAACCUUUUCUAAAUAACAAUUUGCACUAUAUGUUAUUGUUGAUAUACUUUGAUGUUGGCUUAGAUUUUUUGCACCCCUUAGUCUCCUGUAGAGGGCUUGGGAGGCUCUUCUGUGUCAGGGAUCAAACCUGUGGUUUGUUUAGAACCAUUGAAGCCAGCAGUUGCUAUGAUCAUGCUCUGUUACCCAGCCCAUCUCCCCUGCAUUUUAGGUCACCACAUUUUCAUUGUGUUUUAAUACCGUUAAUAAUUUUAAUCUCUGUAAGAAAGGUUUUGGGAUUGAUCUGCUUCCUGGAUGCAACACAUGACAUAAAGUAGUAACUUGCUGUCAUUAGACAAGCUGAUGGUGUGUUCCAUUAUAUGGUAUUCAUAGUGCUGUGUUUGUCUCAGUUGGAUAAUCUGACACAUCAGUUUGCAUCCAUUUUAUUUGGUGAAACUGAUUCACACACUAUAAUAAACCCAUGCAUAGAUUGCAGUUGUUAGUUUAUACUGGCAAUUUUUAUGUAAAUAAAGACUUUCGUGAGUAGAUUUCACAAAACUUAAAAGCUUUGGUCUGGAUUGUAAAGGUAUUCCAAAGGACAUCCAGUGAAUAACCUUUAAGUGUUCUUUUGCCUCUAUUGACAUUCUGUUCAUAAUUAUAAUUUUAAAAGAAUAAGUACAUUAGAACAACACUUUUUACACUGCAGUUUUUGGUAAUUCUGCUCUUGCAUAUAAAGUGCAGACACACCUGCUGUCCUUCGGAAUGCAAAUUGGUUUGGAGUUGUAUGUAUAUGCAGGUUGUUGGAAAGACUCACUAGUUGCAGGAACAUGUUUUGUGAAAUGCUUUUUGGCUAGCUUUAGUAGAAUCAAUAUUAUAUAUUUCUGAAUAUAUACUAAAUACCUGAUAUAAAAUAUAAACAAGCUGAAAGGCCGCUGUCUACUUUUACUUCUGUUAAGUACACCCUUUCCUACUCAUCUGUUCCUUCUUGCAAAAUGUUAUUUAACAUUAAAUAUUUUUCAUUUGUUUGA